GAAAAGAAACCUUCAUGUGAGCUGUCUAUGUGAAAGUAGUUCCGGGCACUUAACCCAAAGAGGGGAGAGUCCCGGAUGUUGGCUCGGCCGCCGAAAGAAAGGCGAACGGGUGAAGGCGGAGAGAAGCUGAAGAGGGACGCCACGGCACCGCAGGCACACCGGCGAAGCCACGGUCACAGCAGCUCUUCACACAGGACGAUAGCGUCAGGAGCGCAGGACAUCCCCGAGGGGGGAGGGCAACCCGCUAUCCGAAGAAGAGGAGGUGAAGGAAGGGGGGAGACAGUUACUCUGAAAACUACCGUGAGGAUUACAGAGAGCCACCGUCACAGCAGCUUUCACCCUGACUGAUCUCCAGAAGAUGGUAUGCUGAUGUCCUGAGCUGAGGGAGCCUUAACUUCAUUCCCCACUCGCCUUUGUUAUUCCACACCUGGUCUGCUCUCCAUCAGUCACCAACACCAACAGCUACCACCAACACCUUCACAUUUUCCCCACCCCCUUUUGUCCAGCCGGUCGUCACCAUGACGUCGGAGCUGGAAAGCAGCCUGACCUCCAUGGAUUGGCUCCCUCAGCUAACCAUGCAGGCGGCCAUUCGCAAGGCUGAUGCCCAGAAUGCCCACGGGCCCGGCAUGGGAAAGAAGAGCGCCCUGCUCGAUCCCAACACCACGCUGGACCAGGAGGAGGUGCAGCAGCACAAGGAUGGCAAGCCGCCCUACAGCUACGCCAGCCUUAUCACGUUUGCUAUCAACAGCUCGCCAAAGAAGAAGAUGACACUGAGCGAGAUCUACCAGUGGAUCUGUGAUAACUUUCCCUACUACAGGGAGGCGGGCAGUGGCUGGAAGAACUCAAUACGGCACAAUCUGUCAUUGAACAAGUGUUUUCUCAAAGUGCCUCGCUCCAAAGAUGACCCAGGAAAGGGCUCUUACUGGGCCAUCGACACCAACCCAAAAGAGGAUGCUUUGCCUACACGGCCAAAGAAGAGGCCGCGGUCUGGAGAGCGGGCUUCCACGCCGUACAGCCUAGAGUCAGAGUCUUUGGGGAUGGAGUGUAUGAUCUCUGGAAGUGCCUCUCCAACGCUGGCAAUCAACACUGUGACUAACAAGGUGGCGUUGUACAACACAGACCAGGAAGGGAGUGAUAGUCCAAGAAGCAGCCUUAACAACAGCCUGUCUGAUCAGAGUCUGGCCUCCGUUAAUCUCAACAGCGUGAGCAGUGUGCACAGCUAUACACCGGUGACCAGUCACCCAGAGCCUGUGUCCCAGUCUAUGAGCCUCCAGCAGCCUCCCCAGUCCCAGUAUAACAUGCCAGACAGGGACAAGCAGCUCUUGUUCUCAGAAUUUGAAGAUCUCAGUGCCUCCUUCCGCAGCCUUUACAAGUCUGUUUUUGAGCAGUCCUUCAGCCAACAAGGUCUGAUGGGCAUACCGGCAGAUUCCUCCCAGCAGACCCACACCUCCUGCUCCUAUCAGCACUCCCCCAGUGGCACCAUUAGCUCUCAGAACAGCCUCUCAAACAACCAGUCUAACAGCCACCCUAACAGCCACUCCACCAACAGUGGUCAGGUUCCCCUGUCCCAUCCUGCCCAAGCCCACCCUGGCCACGGCUCGCCCCAUGCGCAGCACCUCUCGCAGCACGGGGGCCCUCACAACCAACACAGCCAACACGCCCAGCACAGCCAACACAGUCAGCACCCACAGCACCAACAGCACUCCCAGCAUCCCCAGCAUGCUGCGCACUCCCAGCACGGGCAGCAUCCAUCGCAGCACCAGUCCCACAGCCAGCACCCGCAGCAACACACGCCACACCCCUCUCAACACACACAGCACAGCCAGCACCCUUCUCAACAUGGACAGCAGCACCAGAGCCUCUCCCACCAGCCCCAUCCUACCCAGCAACAAAUGGCCUGCAACACAGGUUUACUGUCUGACUGGUACCCAAAUCUGGAUGCACUGAAAGAAAGCUGUCGUAUUGCUAGCAGCUAUAACUGGGCUGAUGUCGACCUUUCACCUUACCAAGGACUGAGAGAGAGCAUGAGACAAGCAGAGUUGAACAACUGGUCUCUGGAACCCACCCAAAUCGCAGACCUCUGCUCAUCCAUCAACCAGUUUUUUGCCCGCACUGGUGUGAUCCAGCCACAGGGGGAAGUGCAGCCUCCCGUUUGCCAUGGCUCCAUGCACACCAACAAACCCAGCCAGCACCUCAACGCAGCAGGAAACCUGUACAUGGACUCCAGACAAAGUAUGUCCAUGAUGGUUCCUCCAGCAUAUCCCCACAUGCCCCCCAUGAGCAGUGCAGGACCCACUAUGACAGGACACCAUGCACAGAUGAACCAGCAGCACAUGAUACCUGCCAGAAACUUCCAGAUGCAUCGCAUGCAAGCUGACGAUAUCCAGGAUGAUUUUGAUUGGGACUCCAUUGUCUAGCUGCUAAAACUGCUUCUCGCAAAUACACAGGAGCGAAGGGAGGAGAUGGAAGCCAGGCUGAGCUGAAAAGGCCGCAGGUGGAGGAGGCCAAUGUGGGUGGACUGCAGAAGAACAUUUGAGAAGCUUUGGUGGAGAGACGCAGAAUUCAGACUUCAGACUUCAGAGUCCUGACAGUUUAAAACAAAAACAAAAAAAUAAAAGCAAAACAUAACUAGAAAAUGUUACUUUGAAGACAAUCAUAUUUAGUCGGACAUUUUAAAGUGAUUGCUUACAAACUUGUGUAGAAGCAAGUUGAACACAUUCACGUCUGAACCACGUGUUCCUCAGCCAGCCCUCUCCCCGUCCCUAGCGAGCGGCCUUCCAAAGUCCGAGCCCCCUCCCCCCUCCCUCCUCCCCUCCUCCAGCCUCCUGCUCCGUAACCGUUAUGUGAUUUGAGCGGCGUGUUCAGCUUGUAAUUCUUCUCGUGUUGACCUUGGCCUCAGCUGCCUCUUGGAUGAGUUUCUCUCUUUAUUUUUUCUUUUUAAAUUGUUAUUUUCUUCUUCUCCUUUUCUUUUUUUUAAAUGAAACACAAGCCGUCGCUGUGAGUGAUGUCAUGGUGUUUGUUGGUCACUUUUCGGAGAAAGUUGUCCCGCUGUGGCUGAAUCAGUGGUUAAAGAUAGGUUUACAAAAAACAAACAAACACAGGGUUUAAAAUGUGUAACCAGGCUUGAUGUUAAACAAACCAGAAUAGAAAACAAGAGGGAGAUCACGGAAAGUGUUUUUUUUUUUUUUUUUUUUUUAAUGUUUUUGUUUGUUUGUUUUGUUUUUUAAAGCCAGCCAAUGUGAUCAGUCUCACUGCAUUAGACGCGUUAUGGGAGUACAGCAACUGUCUUUCUUUAUUUCUCUGUCCCAAGCACUUCAAGAUGAAUGAAUGAGUGGAAGAUGAUAGCAGAGAGAAGUCAGAUAUUAGUCAUUUUAAAAUUCAUUCAGCCCAGAGUUAUUUUAAGCUCUCCGUUUGCAUCAUGUUUGUUCAUAUUUGGCUCUUCCAUUCUCAUUAAACAAGUUUUAGGCUUAAAGUUUGAACAGCAGCUUUCAGGCCAACUUAUUACUGAACAUUAACGGUAACAAUAUUUGCAUGUUGGUCAAACAAGGAGCUGCAUACAGUAAUGUUUAAGAUGUGUGAACUCUAAAGUGUCCUGUUCAGUUAAAAAAAAAAAAACAUAGGGGGGGCGGGGGGGACUGAAAUGUCCAUUACUUAUAUUUUGUAAACAAGACAUAAGCUGAAGUCUUUAAACGAAACACUUCUACUGUGGAGGAUUUAAUUGUUAAUUUUCUUCCUGAGAGUUAAUUGAGUGCAUUGUUACCUUAAUGUAAGGGAAUACAAGGAAAAUAUUAGUCCAGUUUCAAAGGUACUAAAUCGGUCGCGCUAUCAUCAUCACUUUAUUACCUUGAAAUUUUUGCUAUUUGUUGUGAUCGAGGGUUAUGACCUGAUAAUGAGCGACUGGCAGAUCAGUCUUUUUCUUUUGGAGAGAGCUGGGCUGCAGUCGCACAAGCCUAAAGACCGGUCGGAAACUCCCUGGUAACCACCAGUCACUAAGGAAAAAUACAUUUUUGCUAGGGGAAAUCAGCCACAAAUAUGAGUGCUGUGCUGUGCAGAAAACCUGCUUGUGAUUGCUUUUAUCACCAGCCGUGAUCGCCUGCUGUUUGCACGGAAGACGCCAAGUACUCACUAAGUGUGCGAUGGAAACCAGAAAUGAAGAUCAUUUGCUUUCAUAGUAAAAGUCUUUUGAAAUAUGUUUGUUGGGCCUGUAAGGCACAAUUUCUGAGUGUUCACAGAUACCGCAAAGGCUCUCAACUUGUUUGUUGGCGUCUUCCAUGCAAACUACGGGCGACCACGGCAAUCUGAUAACAACCACAGCAAUGCUUUUUGGUGGUUUUUGGCGGAGCACCCUCUUUGCAACUGGUUUCACCAGGCGACCGCCAACAACCUCGAGAAAUUACUCACCAACUGGUUGUGGAAUGCACAUUUUUCCAUAGUGACCAGCGGUUUCUAUGGGGUUGUUAACUGGUCUGUAAGCUUGUGUAACUGGCACCUUAAUCUUAAGCUGCUGGAAGUGGGCUCAUAUUUACUGCACACACAUAAGAGUCUAAUUCUGGCAAUAAGUAUAUUUCCUAAAUUAAAGAAUUAGUCCAAACCAUAGAUUAAAUGUUUUGCUGUAGUAACAAGUAAACUGUAGAGAAUCCAAAUAGUAACACUUUCAAUUCUUGCUGCCUUGAAACAGGUUAUUAAAGUAAAUUGUAUUUUGAAAAACAAACAAUUGAAACAUAACACUGCCUUCUCAAAGAGAAACAAAUCUGAUCAGCAGAGCAGACAUGGCGUUUUCUUUUUUUUCUUUUUUUUUCCUUCUUCAUUGUCAUUUCUGAUGUUUAAAUUUUUUGGGAGGAUAUUAAUUUUUUUCUUUAAACUGCCCAGAGGUUUGUUUGUUUGUUUUUUUAAUAGAGAUUUUGCUACUAUACAAUCAUAACCGAAUGAGAAAUGUGACUCAUACAGGACGUACAGUAUAUAUGUGUGCUGGUUAUAGAGUGUGUGUGUGUGUGUGUGUGUGUGUGUGUGUGUGUGUUUGGUUUUAUUGUAAUUUUAGGGCUAUGAUUGAUUACUGCAAUCAUCUCUAUGCUAUCUAUGAGCACAAAGCAGAUGCACACAGUGCUUAAAGACUAGAUUUGACUUAGACUUUUUCUUGGAAAAGGGUUUCUGAAGCACAGAACAGGGAAAUCGGUGGUUCUGGAAACCUGUCCACUGUGUCCUGUAACAAGUGGCUCCUUAAUCAGACAGGCGCUGAACUUUAGAGACACUAUGUGUUUUUUUUGUUUUGUUUUUUUUUUUUUCAAGUUCUUUGCACACUUUUUUGUUUACUCAUCUGAUUGAAGCUGCAAAGAACCGUGUGGAUCGAGUAAUCAUUCUUAUUAGUUCAGUCAUUCAUUCACCUAUCCAUCAUUUCACUUUUAGUCUUCCUGACAUCUAGAAACAAUGAACAGGAUUAUUUUUGUCCUCUGUACAUCUAUGACACUAUAUUUUGGGAAGUUGAAAUUGAUACCAACCUUAAUUAAAUAUGGUAAAUAUGAAGCUACCGAGACACAGAAAUGCUGGUUAACACAAUCUUUUUGCAUUUUUGUACAUAUUCCCAGUUUAUGGAGUUCAGAUAAUUAUUACAGUUGUUUUGCACCAAAAGAAAUUUUGUUACUUCUUGUCCAACAUCUUUUUUAGAAACGUUUCACAACUUUCUGUCUCCUUCUGGGUUUUGCGACAUCAUUCAUUGCUAAUGAAAGAUUUGUUGGCACUACUUUUUUUUUUCGUAGUUUGCUGUGGUCAAAGGCACUGCAAUUUUAGAAAUGCCACCAAAUAGAAAAACGCUGCUAAAGCACACAAAACACAACUAUAACAGAAAAAUGCCACAAAAGAUUACCAAAAAAAAACAACUCGCAAAACGCAGUGGAAGUGUUUUUGGGACAUAGUAAUGUGACGGAACAGCUGCAGCAGUGACAAGCUGACAGUAGACGGCUAAGAGUAAACGUGUAUCUACGAUAUUAAUUGAAUUCACAUCAGUUUUUUAUAUAUAUAU